AUGGACGCACCGUUUCGUGUGACGCACCAGCGGGUAGCGCUGGACAUCGACAUGCAGGCGACACGGGUGGCUGGCAUGACUGAGAUGACGCUGGCACCUCUGGAUGAGAGCUUGGAUAGGUUCUCGUUUAAUGCAAGGAACUUGGACAUUACUCGUAUCACGGUGGAUGGCGUGGUGGCAGAGUACGCCUUUCAGGAUGCUCUCCAGCGGGUGGUGCCUCAGUACGAGGGCCAAGCCGCGUGGUCGGUUGGUCGCUACGAUGAGUGUUUGGCGACGGCGAUGGCGUCUGCCGAUGCGGGUGAGCUGCUGGUGUACUUGCCCAAGGAAGUCAAGCUUGUGCCGCGGGCGGUGCCGCUCGGCGACGAGGCGGCGAAGGGCUGGGUUGCUCCGCCACCGGCCGACGAGGACUCGUCCGACGACGAGGAGGACAACUCUGUGGCAUCGAGGCUGGGCAUGUCGACGUCAAAGAUCAAGCGAGCGACGCGGGAGAAGGCUGCGGCCGGCGGGAGUGAGGAGGAGGCUGCGGCCAAGGCCAAGAAGAAGAAGAAGAAGGGACUGUCCGAGGCGGCUGCGGCCGGAGCGGCUGCGGCGCUGGCGUCGCGGCAGCAGCGGAUGAAGGCGUCGUACUUUGAGCCUGUGGUUGUUCGCAUCGAGUACUCGGUGACGGCGCCGGCAGGCGGGCUGCGGUUUGUGCUGCCGGACGCAGACGCGUUUCCGAUGCGGGCGCCGCAGCUGCACACGACGGGCGAGCCGCUGUCGACGCGGAUGUGGCUGCCGUGCGUGGACAACCGAAUCUCGCGGCCGCUAUACGAGUUUGCGUUUACGGUCGACGCGCGGUUUAUGGUUGUGGCAUCGGGCACGCUGGUGUCGCAGGUUGAGACUGGCGACGGGGCUACCAAAACGUUCUACUACAUGCUCGAGGUUCCUACUGCGGCUGGUGCACUCUCGCUGGCGGUGGCACCGUUUGAAGUGGUGCAGGACCCGCGGCUGCCAUUUGUGACCACGUUCUGCCUGCCCGGCGAGGCCGAGCGGGCGGUGCACACGGCGGCGGCGCUGUACGACAUCUUUGAGUUUUACGAGGACUACCUCGGGCUCCCGUACCCGCACGAGAACUUCAAGCUUGCGUUUCUGGAAGAGCUGCCUGGUACGUUAGUGGUAGGUGCGACGGUGGCGUUCUGCUCCGACGCGCUGCUCCACGACGCGUGUGUGGCGGACCAGGUCCAGCCUGCGGCGUGCGAGCUCGCGCUCGCGGUGGCGACGCAGUGGUUUGGAGCGUUCAUCGAUGUGCCGACAUGGUCGGAGGUGUGGACGCUUGAGGGUCUCGCGCGGCUGCUGCGACACGAGUUUGUGCGGGCGGCGUUUGGGAUUGCGGCUGCAAAGCUCGCGCUCUACUCGUCGAUGCAAGUUGUGCGAGUGGUUGAGGGCGGGAACGCGCUUGCGGGCGUGGUCAUGCCGCCGCUCUCGCAUCCGACGUUCGAGUCGCACCCUGCGGCGCUGAUGGAGGACUUUGGCGCGGUCAACGCGCUGCCUGUGGUGGCCGGGCUGAGUCUUGUCUCGCACGCGCUCUCGUACGGCAGCGUCUUUGGAGUCAAGGCCUUUGUGGUCAUGCACAUGCUGCAGACGCGAGCCGGGCCGGAAAAGUUCAAGCGACUGCUUGUGGGGACGUGCCGGCGUGCGCUGGACUCUGACCUUGCGACGAUUCUGGACUUUGAAGGCGAGAUUUUUGCGCGGCUGUGCAAGAAGGACUCGUCGCUGCGGGAGUUUGCAGAGAUGUGGGUGUCGCGGGCGGGCUCGCCGACGCUGCUCUGCGGGUUCUGGUUCAACCGCAAGCAGCACAUGGCCGAGGUUGCGAUUCGACAGGAGGGCGUGCGCGACUGGAACAGCGACAAGUUUACGGGCCCGCUCAUUCUGCGAAUCCACGAGUAUGACGGGCUCUACGACCACGUGCUCCACAUCGACGACGUGUACAAUGUGUGCUCUGCGCCGGUCAACUCGAAGAACCGCAAGGCGCGUGCCAAGACUGUCAAGCUGGAGAACGGCGAGUACGCGAGCGUGGACGUGACAGCGAUGAACGACGCGCCAAUUCUGUGGCUGCGGCCGGACCCCGACCUCAUGUUCCUCGGCACCAUCACGUUUGUGCAGUCGGAGGACAACUGGGUGUUCCAGGCAACGCUUGAGCGCGACGUGGUGGGCCAGCUGACGGCGAUUGCGGAGCUGGGCAAGAUCGGAACACCCGACGCGAUCAAGGCGCUUGCGGCGAUUCUGGAGGACACGCGUAAUUACCACGCGGUGCGGAGCGCGGCGGCGGCAGGGCUGGCGACAGCGGCGACGGUGCGGAACGCCGGGGCGGCGCUGGAGACACUCAUCUCGCUCUUCAAGUCGUUCUACUUUUAUGAGGACGGCUCGCGGUUCAAGCCAAACGACUACUCUGACCUUGCGGCGUACCACGUGCUGGUGGGGAUGGUGCGUGCACUGGCGAUUGUGCGCGAUGCCUCGGGUGAGUCGCCGCAGCACAUUCGCGACUUUCUGGGCGAGCUCCUCAAGACCAACGACAACUCGUCGAACGAGCUCACGGAUGCGUUCUUUGUGGCGGAGCUGUACAAGGCGCUGACGCAAACGGCGCUUGCCAGUCGUGACAGCGCCAUCGGGCUUGCAAUGUACCGCAAGCUCUGCUCUGCGCUCGACUUUUACCGCAUCCUGCCGUCGUACCACGACGUGGUCUCGCAGGCAGCGCUGGCGGGCAUUGCGGCGCUUGCAGGCGCGCCGGGCUCGCGGGUGCCGCGUGGCGAGGUGCUUGACAAGCUGUACGAGGCAGCGGCGUACGGUAAGUUUGCCGACGUGCGUGUGGUGGCGUACUGCGGGCUUGUGGAUCUUGUGGCGCUGGACAGUGUCGCGGCGCUGACGUCGUUCCUGGGCCUACUUGCGGCGGAGCCUGUGACGACGACGGCGUAUGUGGUGCUGAAGCAUGUGGCCGCACACGUGGGGCGGGCGCCGAUGUACAAGGAGCUGCACUCGCCGGUGACGGAGCUCGUGGCGGCGCGCAAGCUCACAUCGGUCGUCUGGCACCAGCUCAAUGUGGUCUCGGCAUACGACUCGAAGCGUGCUGCCGGGUGGCGGGCGGUCUACCGCGCCCUGUUUGGCUACGGCAAGCCGGUCUGCCUCCCGAACGAGGUGCCAGCGGCGCAGGCCGAGCGGCCGCGGCUCAAGCUUGUGAUUAAGCAGCAGGAUGUGGCAGCGGCCAUGCCACAGGCCAUGGACGUUGCCGACGAGCCGUCGACGGCGGUGGCGAUGCAGGAGGCGGGGACCAAGGUUGCUGUCAAGACCGAGGAGGCUGCGGCCCCCGUACCUGCCGCGGUCGCGAGCAGCGGCGCGGUGGCGGCCACCGGCAUGCCUGCGGCUGCAGCGGCGGCCCCCGCAGCGGCAGUGGCGGCCGGAGCAGGCGAGGCAGCGAGCGGAGGAGGGUCUGCUCCGCCUGCUGGGGAGGUCAAGCCGUCGCGGCCGGUCAUCAAGCUCAAGCUUGGCGGAGCUCUGCUGACCAGCGGCGGUGGCGGUAGCGACGAUGACGACGAGUGGGGCACGUUCUCGUCGAGCGAAGAGUGA